UUGUCGUUAUAUAACUUUACCCCACGAAUAUUUUUCGACGUGUCCCUUAUUUUAUUGGCACGAUUUUCCUUGUAGUUAAUUUCUCUGAUAACUUCCAUUUCCAUGUGCUUUAGCGCUCCUUCCGCAGUCCCCCAAAGUUCAUGUCCUUCAAUGGCUAUAAUAGAAGACAAUCGAUCACUGCUUUGUUUUCGUCCUUCCCAAACGCUAGUGUUUUUUCCCAUCAAUUUUCCCCUAUUUCACCCACUAAUCAACCUCCUCAGAAAUUCCAAAAUUUUUCAAGCCAUUUCUCAUUUCGGUUCCCUGGGCAAGUCUCCUCCUUUUAGUGAGCCAAAUGACCUUCAUAGUUAAAAAAAAAAAUUUAUGCUCCCUUUGCCUAACUAGAGAGAAGUUUAGUUGAGACAUGGAAGAGCAAGGUGUGAAUCGAACUAUCAGCUUGAAGAAGAAUGGAUCGAGGAAAAUCAUCUUUGGGAAGUUGGAGAUGGGGAGGGUAUUAGGGCAAGGCAACUUUGCCAAGGUCUAUUACGGGAAAAACAUUUCCACCCAAGAAAGUGUAGCCAUCAAAGUUAUCAACAAAGACCAAGUCAAGAAAGAAGGCUUGAUGGAGCAAAUAAAGCGAGAAAUCGCAAUCAUGAGGCUGGUUCGUCACCCCAAUGUUGUGGAGCUCAAAGAAGUUAUGGCUACCAAAAAAAGAAUAUUUUUCAUAAUGGAAUACGUCAAAGGUGGUGAAUUGUUCGCUAAGGUAGUUAAGGGAAGGUUAAAGGAAGAUUCAGCCAGGAAAUACUUUCACCAACUAGUCAGCUCAGUCGACUUUUGUCACAGUCGAGGCGUCUACCAUCGUGAUCUGAAGCCUGAGAAUCUGCUACUGGACGAGAAUGACAACUUGAAAGUCUCAGAUUUUGGACUCUCCGCUUUGCCUGAACAGCUAAGAAACGAUGGGUUGCUUCACACACAAUGUGGGACUCCGUCUUAUGUUGCCCCCGAGGUUUUGAGGAAGAACGGGUAUGACGGAGCCAAAGCUGACAUUUGGUCGUGUGGGGUUGUUUUGUUUGUUCUCCUGACAGGGUUUUUGCCUUUCCAAGCCGAAAAUGUUAUGCACAUGUAUAGGAAAAUUUUCAAGGCAGAAUAUGAGUUUCCCCCCUGGAUUUCAAACGACGCAAGGAGAUUAAUUUCUAAGCUUCUCGUUGCUGACCCUGAUAAGAGGAUUACUGUUCCGGGGAUCAUCAGCAAUCCCUGGUUCCGGAAGGGAUUUUCGAAGACUGUGUCAUCACUGGUUGAACAUGAAAAUGGCGACAUGAAUGGGAUUGAGAGCAAUAGGGAGCUGGAAAUGGUAACCACGAAGUCAUCCCCGCCACCAUUUUACAACGCGUUUGAAUUGAUUUCAUCAAUGUCAUCAGGGUUUGACUUGUCGAAUCUGUUCGAAAAUGAGAGAAAGCCAGCUUCUUUAUUCACUUCCAAGGGUUCGGCUUCGGCAACCCUGGCGAGGCUUGUAUCCACGGCGAAGAAGUUGAACUUUAGGGUGUUAGCUACGAAAGAAUUCAAGGUUAGAAUGCAAGGCAAAGUGGAAGGAAGGAAAGGGAAAUUAGCGGUUACAGCGGAGGUUUUCGAGCUGGCGCCGGAGGUAGCAGUGGUGGAGUUGUCAAAGCCCGCGGGUGACACUCUUGAGUACAACAAGUUUUACGAGGAAGAAUUAAGGCCAGCCCUUGCAGACAUAGUUUGGAGUUGGCAAGGUGAAAAUAACUGUCAGUAACAUGGCUUCUGUCGCUAGGAAGAGGCUCAAGCUAGAUGGGAAUCUUUCUUUGUCGCAAAUAAUUGUUCCUCGGGUAAACCAGCUUUUGUUUGUUAGAUUAUAUAUGCCUUAGUAUUAGCUAGUCUACUUAGUUUAGUUUGAUUCGACGUAUAAUAUGAGCAAAUGUUACCAUGUUUUGAGGCAUGGGCUAAUGAAAUAUGUACAUGAAUAUAUAUAUGUGUAAAUGAGCUGUUACAGUAAUAAAUGAUAAUAAGAAAAUAUGGUUUUUUCUUUUUACAAAGAAAUUUGUAGCUAGUGGGGUUAACUUACAGAUUCAAAGAGCUAGGAAUGGUAGUUUGAUUAUUUUAGUAUCAAAGAAUGAGGAAUGGUAGUUCCAAUAUUGGUUUUUGCUGUUA